UAGCCGUCAUUUGACCAAAAGCCCGUGGAGGCCGACGCGGGACUGCUCGUCAUCUUUGCCGCGCGCGCGUGCUGUCGUGGUAGAUAGCCGGGCAUGAAGGCGGCGGCCCCGCUUGAGACUCUCGGGCCAGAGGCGCUCGAGGCGCUCGAGGCUGUCCUACCCGAGGACGCUCCAGCUGGGCAUGCUGCUUGGGAGAGGGUGGUUUUGGAUAGCGCAGGCAAGAGGAGUAAGUUCAGGGUCGGCCCGCACUCCUUUCAGGCGACGCUCGGGUGCUGCCUCACUGAAGCGGCAACGCUGCGCGUUGCCCGGGCUCUCUUCGUGAAGGCCUCGAGCGGUGAGUCCAAGGAGCGCGUCGGCGAGUUCAGGGACGAGGUCUACGCCAGGAUCAGGGGGAUAAGGGGCGCCAGGGGCGGCGACGGUCCGGCGGCUCCUCCAGUGGGCAUCGUCGGUGCGGCGGGCGCUGGGGGCGGCGCUGGCGCUGGCGUGGGGCCCUUGGGCGCGGCACCCAGCGGUUCGCCGCCUGGCCGUUCGCCCCAAGCGAGGCCCGAUGGCCAGCAGGGCGCCCCCGUGAGAGGGCCCAGCGAUUCGCCGCCAGGCGACGUGCCCGUGGCAAGGCCUGCUGGUUCGCCACUCGUCAGGGGCGCCAGCGCUGCCCCGCCAGCGGCUACGGGAGAGGACGCGCCAGAAGGCCACGAGGCUUGGGGCAAGACGUGGUAUGAGCGGCGCAAAGGGGUCGUCUGCCUCAGCCUGGGGGCGCUCGGUGUGCGGCGCGCCGACGGGAGCCCUGUGUGGUUCCAGACCACGGUGUCCGCGUGCGGGGGCAGCGUGGAGGAGGCGCAGCGCGUCGCCCGCCUCUGCUACCUCCGCUUCGCCGAGGGCGCCGGCCCCGAGGAGGUGAAGGCCUACAGGAAGGCCCUGUACGGGGCGCUGCGGGGCGCGGCUGCCGGGCCCGCCGCCCCGGCGGGGGAGGCGGCGGCGCGGCGGGGCAAGCGGAGGGCCGCGCGGGCUUUGGGCGCUGAGGGUGGGGCGGCGGAGCAGAAGCGGCGGUUCCAAGAUGGGGCCCUGAAGGAGAAGCGGGCCCGGCUCGACGAGGGCGCCCCGGGGGCCACCAGAAGCGGGUGGCUGCGGACGCAGGGCUGUCCAGAGGGCUCGCUGCUGGUGGAGGGGCGGUCCCCGGGCAAGAAGAACGCCUCCAUCAACGGGGUGUACGCCCGCCGUGCCGAGGGCUUCGGCGGCCACUGGGCCUACGAGAAGGUCGGCUCCGCGACCGCCCCGAGAUUUUUGUACUACUGGGCCGAGAAGUCCCGGUGGAAGAUCGACAGCAGGCUGCCCAGCGACAAGGGCGGUUUCGCCUACCUGAAGGUGGCGGGGGUGAGGUCUCCAGCGCUGGUUGGGCCGGGCCACCAGUGGCACGUGUGCGAUGGCAGCAACCAGGGCUACAGCAAGGACCCCGGUGUGCGGUGCUCGGAGCUCGCGCCCGUGCCCGAGCCUGCGGCCCCGUCCACGGCCGCCCCCGGCGGCGAGGAGACAGCGGCGCGAAGCCGGCGGAGUUCGGACGAAUCCAGCGCCGGGUCUGACGACGACUCGGAUAGCGAUUCCGACGGCUCUGACGACGGAUCCAGCUGCGCGAGCGAGGGGCUACGAUCAGCUCGGCCAGAAGGCCCCUCUCUGGCGAGCGGCGUUCGGGCCGCUGGUACUGUGAGGGCCCGGGCGUGCGCCAAGAUGAUGGCGCGAUCUGGCUUGCGUUGUGUCUGUCACUUCCGGCUGGCCUGGACCUGUCCAGGUGUUGCGAAGUGAGGA